AUGGCCAGACCUAUAUUCUGUGCCACGCACCCGCGUGCGUGUAGUACGGCCUUUGAACGUGUGUUCAUGACCAGGAAAGACUUGGCCUGUGUCCAUGAACCAUUUGGCGACGCAUUCUACUAUGGCCCAGAGAGGAUGAGCGUCCGUUAUGAGAAGGACGAGGAUGCGAGGAAAGCAUCGGGAUACAGCGAAUCAACGUACAAAACAAUCUUCGAUCGACUAGAUCACGAAGGAGCCGAGGGUAAACGCGUCUUCAUCAAGGACAUUCUUUAUUAUCUGGUCCCUCCCGACCAGCAGCCUCCCAGAGUGGCUCCAUCUUUGCAGUCAGUCAAGAGAGGUAUUGGAACCGAGAAGAUGAGCAAUGGGAUCAACGGCGUCAACGGUGUCAACGGUGUCAACGGAGUGAACGGAACUCAUCAUGUCAAUGGUCAUGCCAAUGGGGUCAAUGGUGUCAACGGCGUCGGCAAGAAAGCGCCGUUCCCAUUCCCGACGGAGGGCGAACCGGGGAAUCCUACCAUCGUUCCCAGAGCCUUGCUGGAGAAGUUUCACUUCACGUUUCUCAUCCGCGAUCCUCACUCAAGCAUCCCUUCUUACUAUCGGUGCACCAUUCCACCCUUGGACCAAUUGACGGGUUGGAACGAGUUCUAUCCGAGUGAGGCUGGGUAUGACGAACUUCGACGCUUUUUCGACUAUGCCCGGGAGACUGGCUUGGUGCGAGACAGAAAUGAUGGACCAGAGAAUGGAAUAGAGAACGGAACAGAGAAUGGGAAUAUUAUGAAUGGCGACGCAAAGGGGCCUGAAGUGUGCGUGAUUGACGCUGACGAUUUGUUGGACGACCCCGAGGGUAUUCUCCGAGCUUACUGUCAGAGCGUGGGGCUUGACUUCCACCCUGACAUGUUGAACUGGGACAACGAAGACGAUCAGGAGCGUGCAAAAGCGGCGUUUGAGAAGUGGAAGGGUUUCCAUGAGGAUGCAAUCGAUUCGACAGACCUCAAGCCGAGGACUCACAAGAAAGCAGCAAAGAGCGAAGAACAAUGGGAUGCUGAGUGGAAGAAGAAAUAUGGAGAGGAGGCUGCCCGGAUGAUUCGCAAAACCGUGGAUCAAAAUAUGGCCGACUACUUGUACCUGAAGCAAUUUGCCCUGAGGCCAUGA